AUGGGUUUCACCAGAAAUGUCGCGGCUGUGGCUGCUUUUGUCUCUCUUGUGUCUGCACAGAAAGUUCUCCCUGUCGAUGAGAUUCCUUUCAUUGGAGCAAAUGUGUUCGAGGUGAGCGAUGCCGCGCUCAUCAACUACACCUUGUCCUACAAGCCUCCUUUUGAAGCAUCUCAGUACGAUGGAUACUAUUACUGGUCGGUCAACAAUCAGACCGUCAGUACUGCGAACUUCACCGGGCACGAUACUGCACAGGGCUACAACGUCCCUGAUGGCUCCUAUACCAUGUACCCUUACUUUCAAGUAGGAGAGGGGAGCCCCAAGCCUAUCAACAAGACCAAGCUCUUCGGUGAAUGCGAGAACAAACAAGUUGAGCAGCGCAAGCAUCCUCGGGAUCUAUGCUCCGCUGAAAAGCCAUGCACUGGCAAUUUCAAGAAGAUCCUGCACAUUGUCUUCGAGAACGAAGUGUAUGGCUGGACCAUGAGUGAUCCCUACUGGAAGCUUCUGAGCACCAAGGGCAAGCUUUUGAGCAACAGCCACGGAAUCACACAUCCAUCCCUGCCCAACUAUGCCGCCAUCCUGGCAGGUGACUUUUUCGGCAUGGCGAAUGAAGACUUCUACAACGUCAACUCCACAACUAUCUACGACCUGCUAGACGCUGAAAAUGUCAGCUAUGCCACCUACAGCGAGUGGUACAGCCCAGCCGUCACCCACCGCGGAGACAAAGACUGCAACAACUACAUCUUCAACGGCCCGAUUGACAACACCAACCCAGACUGGAAUUCGCAGGUAUACCGACGCCUAGACGUUCCCGCUCUGCUAUUCAGCACCUACACCUCCAGCUACGAGCGCUGCACCAAGAUGUACGAUGCCAACAAAACCUUCCCCGAACACGUCAAAUCACACACACUCCCCGAGUACACCUUCUACGUUCCUGACAUGCUUCACAACGGCCACGACCCCAUGUCGGACAGCGACUACGUGCACCAGCCCCAGACCAGCGGCUCGUGGUUCAACUCCUGGCUAGACCUGUAUCUGCCUGACCUGGAGGCGCAGGGUACCCUUGUGGUCCUGACCUUCGACGAGGCUACCUGGGAAAACGACGAUGACUAUAUCCCCAAUAACGAUAAUCAUAUGGUCACUAUGCUAUUCGGUGCUGGGGUUACCCCCAAUACCACGGAUGAUACCUAUAUCACCCAUUAUGGGUUCAUGCGUGGGGCUAUCCAGAACUUUGGUCUGGGUUCUCUCGGGCGGAACGAUACCAAUGCUACUAAUGGUAAUCUGUAUGAUCUGGUGUACUAG